GCACUCAUAGAUCUUCAAAACAAAUAAAGCAGAUGUACAAAAGCAAACAUUCAACCUUUCGGUCCCGUCAGCUCACAAUCUCAGCCAAGAAAUACUGUUUAAAUUGGGCAUGAAUUGUUACAGUAAUGAAGAAAACUCAACUUCCUCUUUAUCACACCAGCUCGAACUAUAAGGACUGCAGAUACCUGGCACAGCAAAUUACCAUUCGUCAUGUGGCUCCCUCUGCUGGUGGUAGCGCUGGGUUUGAUCCUCCUGUAUAGAUGGCACAGACAGAGCCAAAUACUGCAGAAUCUUUCUGAUAAAUAUGUGCUGAUCACUGGAUGCGACAGUGGAUUUGGGAACCUGCUAGCGAGGCAGUUGGAUCAGCGUGGGAUGCGAGUGUUGGCAGCUUGUCUGACAGAGAAAGGGGCUGAGAAUCUGAAGAAAGAGGCUUCCAGCAGACUGCAGACUGUAAUCUUGGAUGUUUCAGAUAGUCAGAGUGUGAGCUCUGCUGCCAAGUGGGUUACUAGUAUUGUAGGAAAUUCAGGGCUAUGGGGUUUAGUGAAUAAUGCUGGUAUUGGGUAUUCAAUGAUUCCCAAUGAGUGGCAGAAAAAGGAAGACUUUGCUAAAGUUCUGGAUGUAAACAUAUUAGGUAUGGUCGAUGUGACUCUGAAUGUGCUGCCUCUUAUCAGAAAAGCUCAAGGGCGCGUUGUUAAUGUUUCCAGUGGUGCUGGGAGACUCGCUACAGUCGGUGGAGGAUACUGCAUCUCAAAAUAUGGAGUGCAAGCGUUCUCUGACAGCCUACGAAGAGAAAUGCUGGAUUUUGGAGUCAAAGUUGCCAUCAUAGAGCCUGGUGCUUUCGCAUCUCCACUGUGUUCAUAUGAUCCACAUUUCAAGGCAGCAAAAUCUUUUUGGGAAAGAGUUCCUGUUGAGAUAAAGGAGUCCUAUGGAGAGCAUUAUUUCCAACAAUAUGUUCAGAGUUUGAAAUAUCUAGUAGAUACAAGCAGUCCCCAGAUGAGAAAAGUCACAGACUGCAUGGAACACGCACUGACUGCCGUCUACCCCUGGACCCGAUACUCUCCUGGUUGGGACAGCAAGUUCUACUACAUUCCUGUUUCUUACCUUCCCACUGCCCUUUCUGACUAUAUAUUAUGCCGGUCAGCACCCAAACCAACUCAAGGAGUAAAGUAGCCAUUCACAUUUUCUUUGUAAACUAUACAUUUAGUGCUACAUCUAUUUUGAAUGCAAAAUAUGCAACAUUAUCCACAGUUAUACUCC